AUGGCGGCCACCGCGCGGCUUCUUCCUGCCUUCGCCGCCGCGGCGGCGGCGCUGUUGCUGCUGCUCUGCCUCGCGGGCGGCGCGCGGGCGACCAACGUGACGUACGACCACCGCGCGCUGGUCAUCGACGGCGUGCGGCGCGUGCUCGUCUCCGGUUCCAUCCACUAUCCACGGAGCACACCCGACAUGUGGCCGGGGAUCAUCCAGAAGGCCAAGGACGGCGGCCUGGACGUCAUCGAGACUUACGUCUUCUGGGACAUCCACGAGCCCGUCCGGGGACAGUACGACUUCGAGGGCCGCAAGGACCUGGCCGCGUUCGUCAAGACCGUCGCCGACGCCGGCCUCUACGUGCACCUCCGCAUCGGGCCCUACGUCUGCGCCGAGUGGAACUACGGAGGCUUCCCGCUGUGGCUGCACUUCAUCCCCGGCAUCAAGUUCCGCACCGACAACGAGCCUUUCAAGGCGGAGAUGCAGCGCUUCACCGCCAAGGUGGUGGACACCAUGAAGGGGGCGGGGCUCUACGCGUCGCAGGGCGGGCCCAUCAUCCUGUCCCAGAUCGAGAACGAGUACGGCAACAUCGACUCGGCGUACGGGGCGCCCGGGAAGGCGUACAUGCGGUGGGCGGCCGGGAUGGCCGUCUCGCUCGACACCGGCGUGCCCUGGGUCAUGUGCCAGCAGACCGACGCGCCGGACCCCCUCAUCAACACCUGCAACGGCUUCUACUGCGACCAGUUCACGCCCAACUCCGCCGCCAAGCCCAAGAUGUGGACCGAGAACUGGAGCGGCUGGUUCCUCUCCUUUGGCGGCGCCGUCCCCUACCGCCCAGUCGAGGACCUGGCCUUCGCCGUCGCCAGGUUCUACCAGCGCGGCGGCACCUUCCAGAACUACUACAUGUACCAUGGAGGGACCAACCUCGACCGCAGCUCAGGGGGACCCUUCAUCGCCACGAGCUACGACUACGAUGCCCCCAUCGACGAGUAUGGACUAGUCAGGGAGCCAAAGUGGGGCCACUUAAGGGAUGUGCACAAGGCCAUAAAGCUCUGCGAACCAGCGCUCAUAGUAACUGAUCCAUCAUACACUUCUCUAGGUCCAAAUGCUGAGGCAGCGGUAUACAAGACUGGUUCAGUUUGCGCAGCAUUCCUUGCCAACAUAGAUGGUCAAUCUGAUAAAACCGUCACCUUCAAUGGGAGGAUGUACAGGCUCCCUGCGUGGUCUGUCAGCAUCCUUCCUGACUGCAAGAAUGUGGUACUUAACACAGCUCAGAUCAAUUCUCAAGUGACGAGUUCAGAAAUGAGAUACUUGGAAUCGAGCAACGUGGCAUCAGAUGGCUCAUUCAUCACGCCAGAACUGGCAGUAUCUGGCUGGAGCUAUGCCAUAGAGCCUGUAGGUAUCACAAAGGACAAUGCACUGACAAAGGCUGGACUGAUGGAGCAGAUAAACACCACAGCCGAUGCCAGUGAUUUCCUCUGGUACUCAACAAGCAUCACAGUUAAAGGUGAUGAACCCUAUCUAAAUGGCAGCCAGUCCAAUCUGGUUGUCAACUCACUUGGACAUGUUCUUCAGGUCUACAUCAAUGGUAAAAUUGCAGGAAGUGCACAAGGUAGUGCAAGCAGCUCACUCAUCUCAUGGCAGAAACCAAUUGAACUUGUACCUGGGAAGAACAAAAUAGAUCUUCUAAGUGCAACAGUUGGGCUGUCGAAUUAUGGUGCAUUCUUCGACCUAGUAGGUGCUGGAAUUACUGGGCCAGUAAAGCUGAGUGGAACAAAUGGUGCGCUUGAUCUGUCUUCUGCAGAAUGGACAUACCAGAUUGGACUCAGAGGAGAAGAUUUGCACCUAUAUGAUCCUUCAGAAGCCUCACCAGAAUGGGUCUCAGCCAAUGCUUAUCCAAUCAAUCAACCACUGAUUUGGUACAAGACCAAGUUCACGCCUCCUGCUGGUGAUGAUCCUGUUGCAAUUGACUUCACGGGAAUGGGGAAAGGCGAAGCAUGGGUGAACGGACAGAGCAUUGGUCGAUACUGGCCAACAAAUCUGGCUCCACAGAGUGGCUGCGUCAACUCGUGCAACUAUAGAGGAAGCUACAAUUCAAACAAAUGCCUCAAGAAGUGUGGCCAGCCAUCACAGACUUUGUACCAUGUUCCCCGUUCAUUUCUCCAACCAGGCAGCAAUGAUCUAGUCCUUUUCGAGCAAUUUGGUGGUGACCCAAGCAAGAUAUCCUUUGUGAUAAGGCAGACAGGAAGUGUGUGCGCACAAGUAUCAGAGGCACAUCCAGCCCAAAUUGAUAGCUGGAAUUCUUCUCAACAGACGAUGCAGAGAUAUGGACCUGCACUUCGCCUGGAAUGCCCAAAAGAUGGCCAGGUCAUCAGCAGCAUCAAGUUUGCAAGCUUUGGGACACCGAGCGGCACAUGUGGAAGCUACAGCCACGGCGAAUGCAGCAGCACUCAGGCUCUCUCAGUUGUUCAGGAGGCUUGCAUCGGAGUGAGCAGCUGCAGCGUGCCAGUGUCAUCGACUUACUUUGGAAAUCCAUGCACAGGGGUCACAAAAAGCCUUGCGGUUGAAGCUGCAUGUUCGUGA